AUGAUUGGCGCACUUCUUCUUCUUGCUCUUCCAGCGUACGCCGACUGGCAGUACCGCAGUCGGCCAGACCUGUCUCCUCCCAAAUUAAACAUCACCAUUUACGACGCAGAAAAGGUGUCUCCCGAAUACCUGUUUGUUGCUCCGUUCACGGGGGCCCCUGGAAACACGUUCCACAAACCCCGUCAGUCUGCUCCGUACAUUUUCACCAGCGAUGGCGAGCUGGUCUGGUCGGGAUACGGCACGUUUGGUACCUGGAAUGCCAAUUUCCAGGCCGCCAGAUACAACGACGAUGACGUCCUUUUCAGCUUUGAGGGUGACCACAACGCUGCCUAUGGCCACGGACACGGACACCAUACGGUGUUGAACAGCAAUUACGAUCUGGUCAAGGAAGUCAGGGCCGGAAACCACAAGAUUACCGACAAGCACGAGUUUCACAUCAAGGACGAGAAAACUGCCUUGCUCGAGAUCUACCAGCCGGUGCCUCGCAACCUUGCCGAAUUUGGUGGCUCUGACGAGCAGCAAUGGAUCAUCAACGCAAUUUUCCAGGAACUCGACCUUGACACCGGACAGGUUCUGUUUGAAUGGGCCUCUUUGGACCAUGUUUCGCCGGCCGAGUCUGUGCUUCCGCUGAACGAGGGAGAAGCCGGGUCUGGAUACAACUCCAGCGACGCGUGGGACUAUUUUCACAUCAACUCGGUCGACAAGGACGACAACGGCGACUAUUUGCUCUCGGCACGCGACGCCGCCUCUUUGUACAAGAUUGACGGAAAAACCGGCAAAGUUCUGUGGAAGCUAGGUGGCAUUCCUGGAGUCACCAGUUCUAGUUUCAAGAGCGUGGGCGAUUUCAAGUUCGGGUUCCAGCACCAUGCCCGGUACGUCUGGACGUCUGAGGACGGAAAAAAGCAGAUCAUCUCGUUUUUCGAUAACUCGGCCCACGGCACAGAAGACAAGGACGGUAGCCAGGUCCAUUUGAACAAAAUUUCGAGCGGAAAAAUUGUCGAGGUCGACACCGAAAAAUGGGAGGCCAAGCUUCUAAGAAAUUAUCCUGCUCCAUACGGCAUUCGGGCCAAAUCUCAGGGCUCUACGCAUCUGCUAAAAUCGGGCAACGUUCUGGUCAACUGGGGCUCCGAGGGAAGUGUCACUGAGUACACCGCAGAUGGAGAAAUAACUUUUCACGCUUUCCUGGACUCGGGUGAAUUUUCCGAUAAGGUCCAAAACUACAGAGCUUUCAAGUUUGACUGGCAUGGUUACCCUUCGGAGUCUGUUGCUGUGCUUUCUGAGAUCACCGACGACGACGAGACGGUCAUUUAUGUUUCGUGGAACGGCGACACGGAGACCAAAAAAUGGAGGUUCCAUGCCGUGGACAAUGGUAGCAAGAAACUGCUCGGCGAAACAGACAGAACUGGGUUCGAGACUAGACUGAAGAUUAACAAGCCUGUUGAGCGGGUUUAUGUGGAGGCGAUUGACGAGUCUGGAAAUGUCCUGGCAUCAUCCGACGAUGUUUCUUCGGUUGAGCAAGUGCUACCAGCAGAGAAAAAAUUCGACUCCAAAAUAUUGCCUCCAAAACUCAACUAUUUCCAAUGGAGACUCCAGAGAGGUAAUUAA